UCCGUUGUAAAAAUAGGAAUAACUAAUUUCCAUUAGAAUUUUCCUAAAACAUAUCAGAAGCUAAAGACACACUUUAGAAGGCCACAGUUUGGCACCCGAAAGUGUUUUCGUCAUCCCAUGUUGUUCAUCGUAAUUAAUCAUGAAUGACAGCAAUGCAACCUCAAAGUUUCCUCAACAACAUUCCGACUUUGGACUCAAGACCUUGAGCAAACUGCUUCCAGUUGCCAUAGUAAUAGUUCUGGCUAAUGGACUCGUGUUUGUCUUGUUUUACCGAUGUCGUCGACUUCGCACUUCUUCUAACUACGUGCUUCUCAGUUUGGCAAUUUGUGACUUCAGUACUGGCGCUAUCGCUAUUCCAUACUUCAUUGUUUAUAGUUUUGGCAUUUUGCCGCCACAAAUGAAUGAUGGGGUUUACGCCUCGCAUACAUUACUAGCUAUUUCAGGUGCUUAUCACAUACUCUUUAUUACUGGGCUCAAGUACAUGGCAACUGUCAGUCCACUAAAACACCACGUGGUGACCAAGAGCUUGGUUUUGAAAAUUGUGCUCGGCGUUUGGAUCACUUCUACUGUUUUUGCCAUCAUUCCUGUCGUUUUGCAUAUUGCCGAAGCAUCUGCACGUUGGGAAGUUAUUCAUACUGCAGUUUUCCUUGUUAUGGUGUUCCUUUUCCCGUACAUAUUUAUGAUUUAUGCAUACAUAGCCAUGUUCAGUGCAAUUACUAAAAGGCAGCGACCAUCGUUGAUUCUGAAUAAAAACUCGCGGGAGCAGAAGAAAAAAAAAAGUGACAGGAAGUGUAUCUUGGUUUUCGCAGCCAUGGCGUCCAUAUUUGCCUGCUGUUGGUUCCCUUAUUUUAUCGUCAUGCUAUUAGUCAAUAUAAGACUAAAAGUUCUGUUUAGUGUCUUUGAAGCUGUUAUGGUCAUUCGAUAUAUCACAUCUUUGGCCAACCCUCUUCUCUACACGUUUUUCAAACGCGACUUCUGGUCCGCCUUUCAAAAUCUGUUGCAAAACAAGGGAAAGGUCAGUUCUACUUCUCAAAAAAGUCAAACAGGGUCUCUUAGUCUCACGAGCCGACUAAGAUCCAGAUCAAGCGUCAACAGCAGAAGGUUAACGACGCUCGAAGGAGAAGGACAAGAACCGAGAAUGAUUCCCAAUAGCAACGUGACCUUUGGGGAAGAGACAUUUCUUACAAGCCGUGUUUAACUGCUUGCAGGUGAUGGACACUCCACUGGGAAAGGUUUUUUUUUGCCUAAGAAAACAGCACAAAGUCAUAGAUAAGUUGGACUGAACACUCCGCGGGUAUUGGAUUAAGUUUAGCUCAUUAAACCAAUCACAUUGCAAAAAUAGGACCGGCGUAGCACCUCAAAAGCACGUACAAUUUAUUUACCAGUGAUAGAGCAUUCUUUUAACAUUACUUUUUUUGUUUGGUAUAUUAUUAUUUUCUUUAAGUGAUACAGAAUUUACUGACGUAUUGCACCACAACUCAAAAGCAUUUUAUUAAUAGGUAUAGGUUCGCUAAUUUUAGUCUUUUACAUGUUUUGUGAAAAGUUAUAGUAAUCGUUUGAAAUUAGAUUUAAAAUAGGUAUUCUUAUGCUGGUGAGUUUUGAACUGUUUUCAUGGGUGG